AUGGGGCCCCUUGGCCUGGGCUGUGAUCAGGGCUGGAGGGAGUACGAGGGCAGCUGCUACUUCUUCUCCACCGAGCCCAAGACGUGGAAGGAGGCCAACGCCUACUGCCUCCACCGCAGGAGCAACCUGAUGAGCAUCCAGGACGUCAACGAGAGGUUGUGGCUCCGGACGCAGAUCAACAGUGAGAUCUACUGGAUCGGCCUGAACGACCAGGCAGUGGAGGGAGUGUAUGAGUGGAGCGACGGGACCACCUUCAUACCGUACUUCUCGUACUGGAUGCAGGGACAGCCUGAUAACUACGGCGAUGAACCCGGGGAGGACUGCGUUCAGGUGGUGGGAUAUAACUUCGGACAGUGGAACGACGAACACUGCAACGUCUCCAGGAAAUUCAUCUGCAAGCACGCCAACCCGAACCCGGUACCGAAGUGUGACUUGGCCAGCGGGUGGAUGCAGCACAACUCCAACUGCUACAAGCUGAACUCGGACACCAGGAAGAGCUGGACUGCAGCGCGGGCGGACUGCGUGCUGGACGGAGGGGACCUGGUGUCCAUCGCCUCAGAGGCAGAGAACCAGUAUGUGAUGGCGAUGAUGGGCGAAGGACACAUCGACCUCUGGAUCGGGCUCUCCACCCUGAAAUGCACCAAGAUUUCCUGCCAGGUCGAAGCCGGGAACUCGGACCUGUCCUGGUCGGACAGUCAGCCGGUGUCGUACACCCACUGGGCCCAGGGACAGCCUCAGAUUGACGCUCAGGUUGGCUCGUGCGCCGCCAUCGUCAAAGACGCGUCGGAUUCCUUCGGAAACUGGACGUCACAUCAGUGCAGAUUUGAGCGUCCCUACAUGUGCAAACGACCGCUGAGCACCAUCUGCCCGGACGGCUGGCAGAGCUUCUCUGGAAGCUGCUACUGGAUGGUCAGCAACAGAAACAUGAUGACCACCUGGCCCGAGGCCUUCACCAAGUGCUCCGAUCUGGGCGCUCACCUGCUGAUCAUCAACAGUCAAGAGGAGCAGUUCUACAUCAACAGUUACCUUCCACACUUGAACUACAAGGACAUUCCUGACAUGUGGAUCGGUCUCUCAGAUAAGGACAAGGACGGGACGUUCCAGUGGGUGGACAAAUCCAAGGUCACCUUUUCAAACUACGGACCCGGCUGGCCCAGGAACACGGCGAACUUCUGGGACUGCGGCCAGAUCUUCACAGGAAACUACGCUGGCAAAUGGGAAACGACCAACUGCUUCAAGAAGCUGGGCUACAUCUGCGAGAUGACGGGCGGACAGAACCCCAAGCCCACCGCCGCUCCCGACUUCCACUGCGACAGCGGCUACCUGCUCUACGGGAACUUCUGCUACUUCUUCAAGAUCGAGGACGUGAAGAACUGGGCCAACGCCGAGGCCGAGUGCGUGAAGGAGCAGGGCCACCUGGCCAGCUUCCACUCCGAGGAGGAGUUCUCCUUCCUGAUCGCUCACAUGCCCGGGGAGGCCUGGGUGGGUUUGAAUGAUAGAACCACUGAGGGCCACUUCGUGUUCACUGACGGCACUCAGGCAGACUUCCUGCCCUGGGGCAAAGGUCAACCAGACAUCUAUGAGGAUGAGGACUGCGUGCAUGUGCAGGGAACCGGCCAACUGGAUCCUGGAAAGCUCAACGACGACUCGUGCACGUCCAGGAAAGACUACAUCUGCAAGAAAGGGUGGAAUGAGAAGUGUGGCUCGUGGAUGUCGGACCCCUACAACGACUACUGCUACCUGUUCAACUACUACUCCAUGAGGACCUGGGCCGAGGCCCGGGCCGACUGCGUCAACCAGGGGGGCGACCUGGUCAGCAUCACCGACCCCUUCGAGCAGGCCUUCAUCCAGGGUGUGAUCCAGCAGAGCCCCACCGGGGUCUCCCUCUGGAUGGGGGGCUUUCACUCCACCAACGAGGGCGGCUGGGAGUGGAUCGACGGCUCUCCGUUCAGAUACGUCCACUGGAACGCAGGUGAUCCAGACAACUAUGACGGUGAAGACUGCCUGUCCAUACUGAUCAACAACGGCUACUGGAACGACGACAAGUGCGAGCGCAACCGGGGCUACAUCUGCAAGCGGAGAGGAAACACGCCCAAGCCGCCGCUGCCUCACGACGAGCUCAGGUGUCCUGGAAACGACUGGUACGAGUUUGGCGAGUUCUGCUACAAGCCGUUCAGCGAGAGGAAGACGUGGCACGGCGCCCGGCAGGCCUGCAGGGCCCAGGGGGCCGAGCUGGUGUCCGUGCUGUCCAUGGCCGAGCAGAACUGGCUGGAGAGCUACCUCGACAUGGCCACCAGCGACAUGUGGACGGGUCUCAAUGACCUGGCGUUCUCGGGGCUGUUCAUGUGGUCCGACGAGCACCUGACCACCUUCACGUACUGGGCUCCGGGCGAGCCCAACAACCACGAGGGCCUCCAGGACGGCUGCGUGGAGAUGUCACACCAGACGGGCCGAUGGAACGACGUGGCCUGCACUGAGCUCAACUCCUACAUCUGCAAGCAGGCUAAAGCUCAUUACCCCGUCCCGUCGGUGAGGCCCACAGUGUACGGCUGUCCUCAGGGCUGGGACGCCUACGCCUACGCCUGCUACUGGAUGGAGGAGACGGCCAGGAGCUGGACGGAGGCCAAGGCCUUCUGCAUGGAGAAGGAGGGCUUCCUGGUGCAUGUGGGAGACAUCUAUGAGCAGGCUCACUUCACCGUGGCUCUGUCCUUGCGGACGGGUUUCUGGUGGAUGGGCCUGCGCGCUCAGGGUGGCGGCGGUGGCGGCGGUGGCGGCGUGGACUACGUCUGGGACAACGGCUCGCCGGUCACCUUCACUCACUGGGACAGAGACCAGCCAGAUAGCGGGGAUGGUACCUGCGUUGCUAUGACAGCCGGAUCGGCCGGCGGCUUCUGGGACGACAGGCAGUGCUCCAAGAAGUUCGCCUUCAUCUGCGAGAAGCCGCGACCGGACAUCGGCCCGCCCACCGCCGGCCCGACUCCGCCUCCAGCGCAGGGCUGCGCAGCCGGUUGGACGGCGCUGCCACACUUCAGGAACUGCUACAAGCUCUUCCACAACGUGGACUGGUCCCAGAAGAAGAGCUGGGGCGCCGCUCGCAACGACUGCUUCUGCAGGGGGGGCGCUCUGGUCAGCAUCCACAGCCAGGAGGAGGAGGAGUUCCUCUCUACCUACAGCAAAGGCACCAGCAAGUGGAUUGGCCUCCAACACUACCCUACAGAAGGAGGGUACUCCUGGAGCGAUGGGACCCCGCUGUCCCACACCAACUGGGCUGACGGGGAGCCCAACAACCACGAGGGCCGCGAGGAGUGUGUGGAGAUGGUGAGCAGCCCCAGCGGGACGUACUCCUGGUGGAACGACCUGAACUGUGACGCCCAUCAGGACUGGAUCUGCAAGAUCGUGAAGGGGAAGGAGCCUGUCGAGCCCCGGGUGGCCCCCACCCCUCUCCCAGCGCUGGAGUGCGGUUCGAACCCCGGCUGGAGGAAGUACAACGGCAUCUGCUACUACUACAACGACACGGACAUGGUGGACUUCCACACGGCUGUGCUGCGCUGCUACGCCGAGAAGGCUCUGCUGGUGUCCAUCCUCAACCAGCACGAGCAGGCCUACGUCAACAGGAUGGUCGGCACCGGGAAGGUCUCCGCAGCCUGGAUCGGACUGAGGAAGUUUGGCGUGGCCAGCGGACAGUACCUGUACGUCAGCCUCAUGGAGGGAAGCAGCACAAACACAGAGGAAACCACUAACUCAUGUGAAAGCAGCACACCUUACUGA